ACACGUCCUGGGUACAGUCGUCUAGUCAGCAGUUAUCAAUUCUUGAUGAUGACUAGUAGGAGAGGCCUAGGGUUGGCGAGGCUGGAAACGACGUUCACGUCCAGUGCAGACAUCAGAACUCUCUAGAACAGGAGUGAAAAAAAAAGGACAAAAAUCACGUCAGACUUCAACUUUGUCGUCAUAGUCACGUGAACCAUUGCCACCUUCCGUUUGCUCACAGAGGUCAGAGAAACAGAGCUUGAAGAACAUAUCUGGCAUAUGGGCUUCUCAAGAGCAUGAACUUAAAAAGGACCCUUCAAAUAUGCAGAAAUUUAAGUUUACUCUUGGGAGGCGCCUUCGUGGUGCACCAUCAAACCAGAAGACCCGAGAAUGCUCUGUGUCCGCCCGCGAUAGUUCCUGAAAAGAAGCCAGAUCGUUCCGUCGCCAUCGUCAUACGAAACGGAGACAUUCCACUGACACUGCAACAGGUCCAUGUAUUCUUUCGACAUGGUGCUAGACUACCACUGCACCUGUCUCCUGGGCUGGACGAGGUGAGUUAUCCUGAAGAUAAGGUGCUGAAAGAUGCACCUCACACCAUGUUCCGCCACCGGAUCGUCAUGCUGCCGGACAGGACACCCAGAACUCUCUCUGAAAAGGAGGAGUCUUACAAACUGUUACAGCUCAAGGGAGGGGGAUAUGCGGGUAACCUGACGGUGCUAGGCCAGGAUCAGGCGUACAUACUGGGCCGCAGCCUUCGUGACAUGUACAUCUUUCGUCACCGAUUCCUGUCGGAAGACUACAGUGCUCAAGAUAUUUCCGUGCAGUCGACAAACAUCAACAGAACAAUAGUGUCCGCUCGCUGUGUCCUAGCAGGAAUGUUCGGCAAAGAAAGACUUAACGAGACGGCAGGUGGCGUGGAGAUCACAGUGUGCGAGUUGAAGGAUGAUUUUUUGCUGCCCAACGACAUGUCGUGCAAUGUGCUGGCAGAGACGAUAAAGUUCGCCACCAGCGACAUGGACAACAUCGGGCUAAUGGAGGACAGAUUGAUCAUUGAAAAAGCACUAGGUAUUAACUCUGAGGCAACCGGAGUGAAGAUAAACUUCGAUCACUUGCGGGAUGAUUUAACGUCAAGAAUAAGAACAGAGGCCAGCCUUGACAUGCCUUGUGAUCGGACGCGCCUUGAAUCGGGUAGUGGACGCCAUGGGAAGCUUGAUCUAUGGAGAGAAGUGAGUGGACACAGCGCCGCACAAAGGCUGUGGGCGGUCAAGAUGUACCUGUGGAGCACGCACGAUACCACCAUGGUCGCUCUUCUGGAGGCUCUGGGAAUAUUUAAUUGGAGAUGGCCUCCCUUUGUUGCCGACCUGAGGCUGGAGCUGUAUAAAAGUGGUGAUGACAGACACUGGGUGCGCGUCCUGUACUGCUCUCAGGAGAUGAACAUGCGGGAUUCUUCCACUCCAAUCAUGCCGUUUGAGGAUUUUGAGAAAGCCUUGAAACCGUACUUGUUGGAUGACUCUGAAUUUGAAAGUCUGUCUAAAAUGACACUGGACCAGAUGUUAAAUGCUUACAACGAGUUAAAACCCAUCGAGGUUCAGGACUCUUCAGAGGGUAUAGAACCUACUGAUGGUGAACUCGAACCUUCAGAGGCUAUAAUUGAACCCUCUGAUGAUACUGGCGAACCUUCAGAUGAUACAGAGGCUACAGUCGAUGAAGAGGAUGAUGAAGAUGAUGAAGACGAGUAGCAGACGUAGGGUCUCAGAAGACAGGCAACACUCAGUCAGAAAAAAACCCAGCAUGGGUCGAGUACUGCAGAUCGCAUGGCCGAGAUGGAAGACAACAUUAAUCUGGAGUCUAGGCAAAGACGUGAGCCGACGCCACAGAAGAAAACGUGUAAUAGCCGAACCUGAUCAAAAGCACAGAAACUCUGUAGUUUUACAGGUCUAAAUAUUUAUAAAUAAACUAUUUUUUGUUUGCGGGGUGGGAGGAGGGAAUAAUCCACUGUGUGGAUGUUGUAUACCGGGAAAAAGGAAGACCACACCUCACUGCUUAAUGAAGGAGUGUUUACUAGUGUGAGGCCGUGUUAAACUGGUAUGUAGUUAUAAAUAACUUUUCUUUGUGAGACUGAUAUUGGUUCCUUUCACUUGCUAUCUCUCUCUCUUUUGCCGCCAAGGUUUGUAAAAUGUCAGCAGAUGCGGAAGAUUUGUUGCAGGUUUAUGUAGCAUCACCCCUCUCAUCAUCAUAGCAAUACACCUGACCUCUGAGCAAAAAA